CCGGACGCAGUUCCGGCCCGACCCGGCCUGACCCCGGCCUGACCCCUGCCCGACCCCGGUGAGCGCGCAGCGGCGGCGGAGGACGAGAAGCACCAGCCGGCGAGCCAUGGCCCCCCACGUGGCGCUGUCCCUCCGGCGCCUGGCGUGUGCCUUGGCCUCCUGCCGGGCUCCAGUGAGACACGGGGGACAGGUGCACACAGCCCCGGCGCUCUGCACAGACAGGGCUGCGCCGGUGUUCGCCCGAGCACUGGCCUUUGGGGACAGAGUCGCCGUUGUUGACCAGCAUGGCAGCCACACGUACAGGGACCUGUACCACCGCAGCCUGCACCUGUCCCGGGAGAUCUGCAGGCUCCGCGGCUGUGCCGGCGGGGACCUCGGCGAGGAGAGGGUGGCCUUCCUGUGCUCCAACGACGUCUCCUACGUGGUCGCCCAGUGGGCCUCGUGGAUGAGCGGCGGCAUAGCGGUUCCCCUCUACAGGAAGCACCCCGAGCCCCAGCUGGAGUACUUCAUCCAGGACUCCCAGAGCUCCGUGGUCCUGGCCGGCCCGGAGCACGUGGGGCGUCUGAGCCCAGUGGUCAGGAGGCUGGGGGUCCCGCUGCUGCCCCUCACACCCGCCGUCUACCAGGGGGUGGCAGGGGAGCCGGCGGAGGGGCAGGUGCAGGAGCAGGAGUGGAGCGACCGCGGCGCCAUGCUCGUCUACACCAGCGGGAGCACCGGCAGGCCCAAGGGCGUGCUGACCACCCACCGCAACAUCCGGGCCGUGGUGACCGGGCUGGUCCACAAGUGGGCGUGGACGAAGGACGACGUGAUCCUCCACGUGCUCCCACUGCACCACGUCCACGGUGUGGUCAACAAGCUGCUCUGCCCGCUCUGGGUGGGCGCGACCUGCGUGAUGCUGCCCGAGUUCAGUGCCCAGCGGGUUUGGGAAAAGUUCUUAAGUUCUGAAACUCCACGGAUCAAUGUAUUUAUGGCAGUGCCUACGAUAUACGCCAAGCUGAUGGAUUACUAUGACAAACAUUUCACCCAGCCACACGUCCAAGAUUUCGUGCGUGCAGUUUGUGAAGAAAAAAUUAGGUUGAUGGUCUCGGGCUCGGCCGCCCUGCCCCUCCCCGUGCUGGAGAAGUGGAAGGACAUCACAGGGCACACCCUGCUGGAGAGGUACGGGAUGACAGAGGUCGGCAUGGCCCUGUCUGGUCCCCUGAGCGCCGCCAGUCGCCUGCCAGGUUCUGUGGGGACCCCGCUGCCCGGGGUGGAGGUGCGCAUCGUCUCUGAGACCCCACAGAAGGAAGGCUGCCCCUAUGCCAUCCAUGCUGAGGGGAACGAGCGGGAGACCAAGGUGACCCCAGGGUUCGAGGAGAAGGAAGGGGAGCUGCUGGUCAGGGGCCCCUCCGUGUUCCGAGAGUACUGGGAUAAACCGGAAGAAACUAGAUCCGCGUUCACCUCGGACGGCUGGUUCAAAACAGGUUGGAUCCAGCUCCACGGAGGUGGAGGGGGCAGAGCAAGAGUGACUCGGAUCCCAGGUGACACUGCCGUGUUCAGGGACGGCGUGUACUGGAUCCGUGGCCGGACCUCGGUGGACAUCAUCAAGAGUGGGGGCUACAAAGUCAGCGCCCUGGAGGUCGAGCGGCACCUGCUGGGCCAUCCCAGCAUCACAGAUGUGGCUGUGAUCGGAGUUCCAGAUAUGACCUGGGGCCAGAGGGUCACGGCUGUGGUGACCCUCCGAGAAGGACACUCACUGUCCCACAGGGAGCUCAAGGAGUGGGCAAGAGGCGUCCUGGCCCCCUACGCCGUGCCCGCCGAGCUCCUGCUGGUGGCGGAGAUCCCCCGGAACCAGAUGGGCAAGGUCAACAAGCGGGACCUGGCCCAGCAGCUCUACCCCGCCUGACGGCCGCAGGCCCAGCAAGGACCCGCUCACAGCAGACGCGCCCUUGGCACCCGGCGCCUGCGGGGGCCUGGCAGGGGCCAGAGCCCCCAGAUCAAGAACUGCCCGCCUGGGCUGGAGUCCCGGCCCUAGGCUGACUGUCACAUGGCGAGGUGGCCCCGGCCACCCCCACAGCUGCUUGGGCACCCCCCCUCCCCCGAGUGCCCUGAGGUUACCGGGUUCUCUCCACGGCAGGUCCCGGGAGGGUCCCAGAGGUGUCACCCAAGAAAGGGAAUGAAAUAAAGACUCCGUGGGCGGAAACACACACGUGUCCCGUGCUGUCUGCCCACCCGGAGCACACACCCUCCCUCAGCCGAGCGGCCCACGCUGCCCGGUCAGAGCAGGAGCAGGUGCCUGGGGCUGGGCCAGGCCCCCUGUGUGGCCUGGGGCAGGCGGGGUCGGUUUGUGGACAGAGCUGGCUCUGACCCCAGCCAGGCCUCUGGGAAGCCCAGCCUGUCACAGGCCUGAGGAAUGGCAGCAGGAGCCCCGAUGACCGGCUUGUCCCCAAGGCCACAGCUGCAGUGCAGCCCCUCGAAUCUUGGCUGCCCCCUCGUUGGUGGCCAGGGUGAAGUCCCCUCUGCCUCCCCGUUACCUGCAGCUUCACGCUGUGGGGACGUUCCCGCCUGGCAGUGGUAGUCCAGCAACCACCUUUCUCCCAGGCGCCCAAGCCCAACACCCAGAAGGCCUGAGCCCUCUCUGCCUCAGUUUCCCUACCCUGUGAGCUGAGGCUCUCUUGGGGCAGCCGUCUGGGCCCUGACCAGACCCCCCACCCCAAACAGCGCGUCACCAGCAAGUCGCGGCCGGGACCCCGAGGACGCCUCGCAGACCCACGUUUCUGUGACGGCAGAUCGACCUCCCUGGCCUGACCUCGGGCGCUGCUGGCCACGGACGGCUGUUUGAACACGUGACACGACCACUGCCCCAGGGUCCCCUCCUGCUCGGGGAAGGACCCUGCCCUGUCUGUGGGGCGGGAUCUUUGUCUCCGACUCAAUAAACUUCCUUCGCUAGUGG